AUGGCGGAGAAGAGUAACCAACCUCAAGUUAAAAUAGGCCACUAUUUAUUGGGGGAAACGUUGGGUUCAGGAACAUUUGGAAAAGUAAAAAUUGCCAAACAUCAGUUAACUGGACAUAGAGUUGCUGUUAAAAUAUUAAAUAGACAAAAAAUUAAAAGUCUAGAUGUGGUUGGUAAAAUUAGACGUGAAAUUCAAAACCUCAAACUAUUUAGACACCCACAUAUAAUCAAAUUAUAUCAAGUUAUAAGUACCAGAACAGAUAUAUUUAUGGUUAUGGAAUAUGUUGCUGGAGGGGAAUUAUUUGAUUACAUUGUAAAACAUGGAAGGUUGAAGGAAGCAGAAGCUAGAAGAUUUUUUCAGCAAAUUAUAUCUGGUAUCAAUUAUUGUCAUCGUCAUAUGGUCGUUCAUCGGGAUUUAAAACCUGAAAAUUUAUUAUUAGAUUCUCAGGGAAAUGUUAAAAUAGCAGAUUUUGGUUUAUCUAAUAUGAUGCAUGAUGGUGAAUUUUUACGGACAAGUUGUGGCUCACCAAAUUAUGCUGCUCCUGAAGUUAUCUCUGGAAAGUUAUAUGCUGGACCAGAAGUAGAUAUUUGGAGUUGUGGUGUGAUAUUAUAUGCUCUUCUUUGUGGCACGCUUCCAUUUGAUGAUGAACAUGUUCCUACUUUAUUUAGAAAAAUUAAAUCGGGUAUAUUUGCUAUACCUGAUUACUUAUCAAAAGAAGUUGUUAGUUUUUUAUGUCAUAUGUUACAAGUUGAUCCUUUAAAACGUGCCACUAUAAGUUCUAUUUUAGAACAUGAUUGGUUUAAGAAAGAUUUACCAGCCUAUUUAUUUCCUUCACAAAAUGAUCAGGAUGCUUCUAUAGUUGAUGUGGAGGUGGUACGAGAUGUUUGUGAUAAAUUGAAUGUUAGUGAAGAUGAUGUACAUCGUGCUAUAUUAUCAGGAGAUCCUCACGAUCAGAUUAACAUAGCUUAUAAUUUAAUUAUCGAUAAUCAACGUAUGGCUGCAGAUGAAAGUAGUAAAACAGAAUUUAGUGAUUUUUAUUUGGCAUCUAGUCCCCCUCCUGAAUCUUUUUUACCGGCACCCAGUCCUGGUCGACCUCCACAUCCAGAAAGAAUGUCAGAAAUGAAAGAUGUCACCCAUACAUUAGACAGUAUACAACCAGGUGCUGCCGGAAAACCUCAAGCUGCCAUCAAAAAAGCCAAAUGGCAUUUAGGAAUCCGAUCUCAGAGUAAACCUCAAGAUAUCAUGCAUGAAGUGUACAGAGCUAUGAAAUCAUUAAAUUUUGAAUGGAAAAUAAUCAAUACAUAUCAUGUACGAGCCAGAAAACUGAAUGAAAUCAACAAUAGAUUUACUAAAAUGAGUUUACAGUUAUAUCAGGUGGAUCAGAAAAGUUAUUUAUUAGAUUUUAAAAGUUUAACUAAUGAUUUAUCUGAUAAUGAUGUUAACAAUGGUAUGGUCACAUCCCAAUCAGAAGAAAAAAUGGAAAUAGAUGGUGAAGGACAUUGCCAUCAAACUUUAGAAUUUUUUGAAAUGUGUGCUGAUUUGAUAACAGCUCUUGCACAUUAAAAUCUAAUGUGUCUUAGGAAUACUUUGUUUGCUUUUGAUAAACUAAUUUCUACUAUUUUAAUUAUGAUUAAUUAAAACAUAAAUACUUCAAGAUUUUGCGUAAUACAAUGAAAGAAUAUUUUGAUGCCUAUUUUAUACAUUGAAAGCAGGGUUUACAUAGAGUUAAAGGAGAUCAUGAUGGCAAAAAAGCUUGCUUGCUAAUAUGAGAUGUUUAGGGUUUGAUUGAUGACAAGUGAAUUUUGCAACUUAUUAACCCCUGCUCUACAGACUGUGUGGGCUUUACUGCAAGUUUCAUUUAAUGAUUUGUUACCUGAAAUGAUUUUGUGAAAGACAUAAUUUGAAUGAUAUUAAGCAUAAAUUAAUUAAUACCCAACCUGAUUAAAAUAGCUUAUAGUUUUAGUUUGAAAGCAAACAGUCGUUGAGGACUAUUUUAGAUCAUGUUAAAAUGAUAUCAUGU